AAGUAGUGCAAAAAAUAGGUAAUUAAUUAAUUAUAAUAUAAAAAAUGACGAAAACAUUUGGUAAUAACAGAAAUAGUGUUAUAAAUGAGAAUUUCUAUGAAGUGCCAAAUCUGGCGACGACUUCAUUCACUGGGAGUCCAAAUAUGAACCGCACUUAUCAAGUGAAUAACAAUAACGAUUCCGUUGCCAACACUGGCAACGGAAACGCCAACGGAUUGAGUACAACACACCUCUACGAAGACGAUUCGAAAAAGUCUCCGCUGAGCCGCUAUUUGGGUGUCCUAUUCCUCAUUGGCUUAAUGUGCUUAAGUAUAGCGUUUCUGGCAUUUGCUAUAUUUUACGACGAGAUCAUUGAUAGCGACGGCGAGAACGCAGAGGAAUACUGGAGUCGUAUUCAGAAAGAGAUCAAAAUGAAACAAAACGCGUCCAGAAUUGAUAUGUAUAACAAUACGUUACGCAAAAUAACCGAAGGACAAAGUUUUGUCGACAUUAUUACCGAUCAAAAGCCAAUCACAGUGUCGUCCAAACCGGGCAUCACUUUUGCUAACUAUCUUUCCGGUGAAUUGAGUUAUAGCCUGUUUCACGGCAAAUGGAUUUCUGACCACGAAGUGCUUCAUUACGACUCCAAAAACAAUUUAUGCAGUUUUAAUGUAUUGAAGUUGACUAAUGAUAUUAUUAUACCAUUCAAAACCAUACAACGCUUACGACUAUCGGGACUUUCAUUAUCGCCGGACCGCAAAUAUUUCCUCACUUUAUAUAACGCCAAAAGAGUUUAUAGAUAUUCUUCUGCCGGAAAGUAUAGGAUUUAUCCAAUUAAUGAC